GGCCGCUCAGUCCGCGUAUCGACGCCGCGACGCAGAGCGUUUCCGAAACUCCUUUGCCAGAACCGUUUCCGAAAGAAAUAAUUGACACCAUUAGACUACAUUGUGCCAGUGUUUUGGUGACAGUUUGACUAGUGCUGUGCAUUUUGAAUUUGGAAUUGAGGGUGUUUUUUGGGGGACGACAUUAGCAGCCAACUGUACCAUCAGCUGUCAAGAUAUCGACGGAGAUGGACGGUGAUGGCAUGUAGCGCGAUGCGGUGGCCGCUCGUGCUGGCGCUGCUGGCGGCGGCGCACGCGUUGCCCACGCAAGACCCUGUGCUCUUCGAGGCCGCGUUCCAAGGGCGCUGCGGCUCGGGCAGCCCGUGCGAGCAGCUCUGCCGCGAGCUCCACGACGGCACAUUCGAGUGCGGCUGCGCACCCGGCUUCGUCUUACACGUGGACGGUUACGGUUGCCUCGAGUUAAACUCAACGAAACCUUCAGAAACCUCAUUAGACACUGAAGAAGAUGUCCUUUACCAGAAAGAUGUGUCAUUCUCCGCCGAGCUAGAAGUUGCCCCGUCCAUUACGAAUAGAGUAAAACCUACACUAAGACCUAUUGAUAGAACGACGCCGCACGAAGAAGAUACGAGAAGAAUUAACAAGUAUACAGCAGAGAGGUCGAAAGAAGUUGAUGGAUUAAAGAGCUUGAUAGAAGAUGGGGUUAGUAGAAAUGAUUUGACGAUCAUUGCUGAUGACAAUAUUAAGAAUGGGUUGUUGGAGGCGAGUCAGAGUGUGACGACGCAAGGGCCGAGUUUGGAGCAAAAAGUUCCAGACGCAACCGUAGCGCCUCCAUGGACGGCGGCGGUGGAAAACUGCAACUGUGCUCCCUGCGAUGGAGCUCGCUGCUCCUGUCCGCUAUCACCCUCCAAGUGCAAACAAGACACAAAAAUCACAACCCCGCGCUUCUCAGGGCACUCGUGGCUGGCGCUGCGCGCGCUCCGCGGUGCGUACAAGCGCGUGCGGCUGCGGCUGCGCGUGCGGCCCGAGCGCACGCGCGGCGUGCUGCUCAUCACGGGCGAGCACGACGACCUGUCGGGGGACUACCUCGCGCUGCUGCUGCGGAACGGCCACGUCGAGCUCAGGUUCGACUGCGGCAGCGGCGCCGGCGUCCUGUGGUCCCCUGAACCAGUCCGCCUCGGCCACUGGAACGUCAUCUCCGUAUACCGCCACCGCUGGGACGCUUGGCUGAGGCUGAAUAACGGCAAGCGAGUGCGCGGCCGGUCUAAGGGUCUCUUUUCUCGCAUGACCUUCCGUGAGCCGGUGUGGGUCGGCGGCGCCGGCAACACCACAGGGCUGCAGGGCAAGCUUGGCCUGUCCGACGGUCUGCUCGGCUGCGUGGACUUCCUGAGGAUCAACGGAGACACAUACCGACUAGUAAAGGAUGCUGUGGCCACGCUGGAUAUCGCUGAAUGCGCGCCAACCCUCGCCCCGUGGUCUCCAGAAACCACCAGCGAGACCAACCAUGUCAUCUACGACAUCAACGACAUAGUCCACUUCGAGGACAACGACCUCGUGAUGCGAGACUCGAAGAAGGACCACAAUCUACUCGACAACUCUUUGGACUUGGAGCCGAAGAAGUGCGAGUGCCAGCACGGGGGCGGGUGUGUGGGGGGCGUGUGUCUGUGCCCGCUGGGGUACGCGGGGGCGCGGUGCGAGAUCACGCUUGACUUGAAGGUGCCACGUUUCAACGGAUCGUCGUACCUACGGCUGCCGGGACUUGGCAACUCUGCUCAGUCGUGGCUCGACAUACAGAUAACUCUAAAGCCGUCGAGUGGUGACGGGCUGGUGCUCUACAACUCGGAGCACGCCAGCGGAGAUGGCGACUUCUUCUCCUUGCAUCUGCGGGACUAUUUCGUGGAGUUUGCGUUCGAUCUCGGCUCUGGCAUCGCGCUUGUAAGGUCCGCCUACCCCUUAGCACCAAACAAUUGGCACCGUGUAUCGGUGAGCCGCUCUGGACGCCGCGCGUCUUUACGCGUCCGAGCUACUUCACCUCGCGACGUCACUGAUGCCACCAGAUCUGUGACGUCUCAUGGCGCAGCGCGGCGUCUCUCGCUAAGACAGCCAAUGCUGUUAGGAGGAGCUCCGCACCCGCUGCCCCCGCGGCUCGCGCUCCACGCCAGCUUCAGUGGCUGCGUGGGCCAGCUGGUAAUAAACGACGAGGAGCUGUCGGUGGUGGCGUCGGCGCUGGGCGGCGUCAACGUCGACAACUGCGACGACAGCAACGCGACAUGCGCAGAAAAACUUUGCAAAGAGACGAUAACACACGUACCCUAUCCGACAAACGUCUCAGAAAACGAGAUUCACCAUUCAAUAGUAUCUAAGAAAGGCCCCAAAGCAAAGUUCUACAAAAUCAAUCCCAAAAAACAUAUACCACAUCUACAUAAAGACAUGAAAAAGAAGAAAUACAUCAAGAAACACGAUUAUUUGAGGGAAAGGAAUAACGAUGUGGUCACUGGGGAACCCGCGUAUGACGGACAGACAUACAUGCAAGUAAAAUACGUGGAUGCAAAUGAAAUUAACUGGGGGGAUACAAAUACGUAUCCCAGUUUCAGCGGGAAGGAUAGCUUUAUUCACAUUGAUGAUGAAGAAACUAUGAAGAGACUGCUGAGUUACACAUUAGACAUCAACAUCCGGUUCCGGUCGGAGGCGCCGGACGGGCUGCUGGUGUGGUCGGGGCGCGCGCUGCGGCCGCCGGGCGACUUCCUGUCGCUCGCCAUCGAGAACUCCGUGCUCGUGCUCAGGUACGACCUGGGCAGCGGUGAGGUGGUCAUCAUCGCAAAUCACACGAAGGUGGACGACGGGCUAUGGCACCGCGCGCGAGCUACUAGAAACAGACAAGCGGGUGUACUAGAAGUGGACGGUCUGGGCUCAGUCGGGAAAAUAUCUCCCGGCAAGCUCAAACAACUUAACACGGAGAACGGACUGUACAUAGGUGGUCUGCCGUCAAUAGAAAUGAAUUCCAUGGGUAAAUACAAGAGCGGCCUCGUCGGCUGCGUGUCCCAAAUAUCACUGAGCGGCGAUUUCGACAUCCCGCUGUCACUGUCCAAGCUGCCCCACACAAUUACCAACAACGUUGGCCGAUGCGCGCCAUAACAUUCCCAAUCGCCACCACAAACCAUUCGUUCGUGAGCAGAGUGAGUGAAUGGGUUAUUUGAUUCAUCAUUAACCCAUUCGUUCACUUGGUAAAAUUGAAUGGGGUGAAUAGAUUUAUUGUUGGAAGUGUAUGUUCAUGCAAAUGUUAAAUGGGUUUGUUUUAAUGUAAAGUGAAAUGGUUCGUGCAAAGAGUAAAUAAAUAUGCAUAAAAAAUACAGUUUAGAAUUCACGAGUUUAAGCACUAAAUGAACUAUUUCACUUCAUGAAUCAUUAGGACAUAGGUAAUUUAAUUUUUGCAUACUUUUACCAGAAUACCAAAUUGUAAUUAAUUUCCAAACCGUUCAAUGGAUGACCAAUUCACUUAAAUAAUAAACUCCGUACAUAUCAAUGUAAAAAUAAAAUUUCGGAGGCAAUAAGAACAAUAUCGAAACUUCAAUUUUUAUAUUAAUUGCCAUUAUCAUAGUGAAAUGUCAGUUUUGACAUGAGUGGAUAUUUAUGAAUACUAAAUAGUCAAUUUAGAAUAAGUAACUCAAUACUGAUGUACGGAAUAAUGUCCUUCCACGGUAUACUUUUGAAAUAUAACUAUGUUUUUUUUCCAUUUUCUUCAAUUAUAAUUUCCCUGUGAAAACGGGGUAACUUUUCAAAGUGCUUUACUAUCUAGUAGAUAUUUAAAGAAAACUAUUUGUAAUGUUAACUAAAUAAAAUUCUAGUCGUACGAGUGGUUUGCACGCAUAAUUCAUUUAAUUCAUUUUACACAUUUUAUAAAGUUCGGUUCUAGCCAAUCACAAAGAUUUGUUACGAUGUGAGUGUAUUUUAUAAAUAGAUAAAUAAGUAUACAUAGCGUUUGUAUAUCGGAAAAUUUUCAUAUGGGCAUGGUUUUAGAGGAUUGUACUUACGUAGUUAAAGGAGCCAUAGCAUUUGAAAGACGUUACAGAUUACAGAAGUAGGGAAACGUGCUUGAAAUAUUUGUCAUAUGCACCUACUACGAAAAAUUUAUUUGGUUCGUUUAUUUGCCUCUCUAUCACUCGAAUAUGUGUUAUGAUACAGAGGCAGAUAACGAAAUUUUUCGCGGUAGGCCCUCUGUUUACAAAAGUCGGAUCAGCGCCACCUGGCGACCAAAAGUAACAUUUCCCUGUUGUGUUUUUUCUAUUGGAAAGUUAGGUUUGUUUCGCAGUACCACUUGUUUUGCUUACUUUGGCCCCUGUAGCACCGCUCUAGAUCUAGUAUAGAAUAAUAUAAAUGUAGUAUAAAUUUAAAUGCGCUUUAUAACAUCAAAACCUUCGAUUAAAUAUUAUGUUUUGACGCGAGUAAACCAUUAUUCAGAAGAGCUUUAGUGAAUAAAUUCGAAGCAUGACGAUUAUAA